AUGGCGCUGAAGGAGCACAUUGGCUGGAGAUACAGCCUCCUCUUCGUGGGCCUACUACAGUUAAACAUUGUCGUCUUCGGAGCACUGCUCAGACCCAUCAUCAUCAGAGGACCAGGGUCACCGAAAAUAGUCAUCCAGGAAAAUCGGAAAGAAGCGCAGUACAUGCUUGAAAAUGAGAAAACACGAACCUCAAAAGACUCCAUUGACUCAGGAGUAGAACUAACUACCUCACCUAAAAAUGUGCCUACUCACACUAACCCAGAACUGGAGCCGAAGGCCGACAUGCAGCAGGCCCUGGUGAAGACCAGCCCCAGGCCAAGCGAAAAGAAAGCCCUGCUAUUAGACUUCUCCAUUUUGAAAGUGAAAAGUUUUAUUUGUUAUGCAUUAUUUGGUCUCUUUGCAACACUGGGAUUCUUUGCACCUUCCUUGUACAUCAUUCCUCUGGGCAUUAGUCUGGGCAUUGACCAGGACCGCGCUGCUUUUUUAUUAUCUACGAUGGCCAUUGCAGAAGUUUUCAGGAGGAUCGGAGCUGGUUUUGUCCUCAACAGAGAGCCCAUUCGUAAGAUUUACAUUGAGCUCAUCUGCAUCAUCUUAUUGACUGUGUCUCUGUUUGCCUUUACUUUUGCUAGGGAAUUCUGGGGUCUAAUGUCAUGUAGCACAUUUUUUGGGUUUAUGGUUGGAACAAUAGGAGGGACCCACAUUCCACUGCUUGCUGAGGAUGAUGUCGUGGACAUUGAGAAGAUGUCUUCUGCAGCUGGGGUCUACAUCUUCAUUCAGAGCAUAGCAGGACUGGCUGGACCGCCCCUUGCAGAUUUGUUGGUGGACCAAAGUAAGAUCUACAGCAGGACCUUCUACUCCUGCGCAGCUGGCACGGCCCUGACUGCUGUGUGCCUUGCCCUGGUGAGACCGUGUAAGAUGGGACUGUGCCAGCGUCAUCAUUCAGGUGAAACAAAGGUAGUGAGCCAUUGUGCGAAGACUUUAUAG